AUGUUCGCGCUUUGCGGCCUGGCGCGUGCUUUAUCUGGCGUCCAGUCAAUGCAACAGCGUCGUCUAUUUGCUUCUAGUAAAAAAAAGCGCUUGACAUGGCGUCAAAAGGCAAAGAUUGAAGAGCGUAAGCGUAACCCGCCGCCACCGCGUCAGCAACCUCGUCAAAAAUCCCAGCGCCAGAAUUUUCUUAUCUCACCACCAGUAAACGAUGGUAAGAAGUGGCGUAUAUUUAGUGCUGGUGUCUUGGAACGUUUACCAGUUGUACAGCCUGAUUUAAAAGACUGGGAGAUGGAUUUUCAAGUCAUGCAGCAUGAGAAAGCAUUGCGAGAAGAUCAGAGAUUAGAUGAAGAUUUUUGGUAUAUGGAGCCAGGAACGAGGCAUAUUACACCGGAGGAAGCACCAUGGCCUAAUGAAGAAGAUGAUCCUGAUGAGAUUGUGGGUGCAGGCUUUCACUUAGCCCCUCGUGAGACUGAAGACGACAUGAAAAAUAACCGUAAAUCACUCAACCGUGCGCUCAAGGGCCGCGUAUUUUUGCUGGUUAAGAAUGACGAGAAAGACGUAAAAUAUCCGUGGUUUUUUCCUGUCGGUGAUAAGAAAGACGUCGAGAAGAUGCGUGAAGCUGCACUUCGACAUGUUCAUGAGACGGUCGGUGAUGAGUUGGAAGCUACACCUGUGGGCUUUGCACCUAUGGGCUACGUGAAAUAUCUGCAUGAAAAUGAUUCAGAGUACGAUGGUACCAAGGUUUUCUUUUACAAGUCACAGCAUUUGUACGGAGAUGUGGUAUUGAACCAGGAGAAGGCUAGUGACUACCUCUGGGUGACAAGAGACGAAUUGUCCGAGUAUCUUGAGCCAGAGAUUGCCGACUACAUUCAGAAGAUGGUGCCGCCGUAA